ACUUGGAUGAUGAUGUUGAAAUUCGUAGACUUUGGACAGAAAGCAUUUAUAGUCAAGAUCUUCAACAAACAUUUGUAAAGACUGAUGAAUUUUAUGAUUUUAUUAUUAUUGGAGCUGGAACUGCUGGAUGCGUUUUAGCAAGAGAAUUGAUUUACAAUAUCCCUAACAUUAAUAUUUUG